AUGGCAAACGUAACGGUCGGGGAGGAGGUCACCAGACUCCCAGAAGAGCAGUCCAGGCAGAGCCAGGAGAAACACAGCCCAAACCAGGCAGAUUCUUUCUGGAUGAAAUCUUUUCCAGCUCAGGAUCAGACCAUUUACAAUCCACUUCAAGUUUCAGUGUGCGCUCUUCCAGUGUUGCCAAGGAAAAGAGACAAUGUGAGACAACACAUCACAGAAGUGAAGUUGGAUGAGGUAGUAGACAUAUGUUUCUCUGAGACAGACACCAUUUCACUGCUGGACAAACCCAACACUGUUAUCUCAGAGGAUGCUGAUGAUGCAGAAGCAAUUAAAAAAGGAAACAUUCACUAUGCUGAGCUCUGCAAGAACAGAAUGGGCAAUGAUAAGUAUGUAGUGCGAUCAAUGCAGACAUUCAAUGGAGCACCCAAGGACAAACAGAUCCAGUGUGACAAGAUUGCCAUGGUGGAAGAGGGAUCAACUGCUACUGUCUGGGACAUCUAUGACUCUUUCUGUAGACAAAAUGAAACCACUGAAAGUGAGGAGGAGAAAUAUUCAGAGAGUACUUUGAACACCAGCAAAAUUCAAGAUAAGAGACAAGAAAAGAGCAACAGCACAAUCUGCACAGGCAGUACCAUCAGCUCACUGUUAGAAAUGGAAAACUAUGAGAACAGUCUAAAUGUUGGGCCUGACCCACAGUGGAUCAUGGAGUCUGAGUCAUUCCAGCACAGUUUAUUACUCAUGAUGAGGACUAUCAUGGCAAACAUCUUUCAACCCAAACUGGCUGCUUAUAGACAGCUGCCCGUACUAGAAGACCCUGACAGCACGGUGAAGCCUGGGACUAAGGAACAGAGUGAGGAGGGUGAGACGAGCAGUCUAACUCCAGCCCUUGAAUGUCUCUGGGCUUUCACUUGCGAGGUCACCAGAGGAUGCAACAUUACCAGCAUGUGCUGGAACAAAAAGGACCCGAACCUCCUGGCAGUGGGAUAUGGUGACCUCAUGAACGAGAAAGAAGGACUGAUCUGCUGCUGGUCCCUCAAAAACCCAGUGUGGCCAGAAUGCGUCUUCUACUGUCAUAGUUGUGUUACAUGCGUGGAUUUCUCAGCCAACAACCCCAGCCAGCUGGCUGUGGGGAUGCUUGAUGGUACUGUAGCACUCUACAACAUCCAGUGUCGAGACAAAAGGACAUGUCUCGCCAGCAGCAGUGAGUGUUCCAUAAAGCACCUGCAUCCAGUGUGGCAGGUCAAGUGGACCAGACAAGAGAUGAGAUUAUCGGGGGAGGAGAGGGUGGAAGCCCUCGUCUCUGUGUCGGCAGAUGGCAGGAUUAAGAAGUGGCUCCUCUCCGCCAAUCAUCUUGACUGUAUAGACCUGAUGGAGCUGAAGAGGACUGAGAAUAUUAAGCCGAAGGCUCAGAAAAAAAAAAGAAAGAAAAAGGCAGCCGGUGUUCUGGCAAUGAUGAUGCCGACCCUUUGCAUUGACUUCCAUCCAACAGAUUACAGUAUCUAUCUGACUGGCACACGGGAUGGCCUCAUCCACAAGUGCUCCUUCUCCAACAGUCAGCAUUCUCUGGAUACUUACCAAAAACAUUUUAGCCAGGUGAACCACGUUGAAUGGUCUCCAUUCAGUCCUGAUGCGUUCCUGAGCUGUUCCUCUGACUGGACCAUCCAGCUGUGGAGGCAGAGCCAACGUACCCCAGUGCUGAGCUUCACAUCAACCCAGAAGGCCGUGUACUCCGCCAGUUGGUCCCCAAACCACUCCACAGUGUUUGCAGCCAUUAAUGGACGGCAGAUGGAGAUCUGGGACCUGAAUAUAUGCAUCCUGAACCCAGCCAUCGUGCAACAUGCUGCACCCGGUGUGAAGAUGACGGCCCUGCUGUUUGCCACAGGGUCAGACUGCAUCUUAGUAGGAGACAGUGACGGACAAGUGACUGUCUACAAGCCCAAGAACCUCAGUAUGGGACACGGCAAGCAGGUGGACAGUCUGGAUGACAUCAUCCACUCUGCAGUCUCCAGAGAUCAAAAAGUGUAA